GGGAGAGAGCGGCCAUGGCAGAACACCGCGACCCCUCUGUCCCAGAUGCCCCCGUCGCCCCCUGGAAACGCCACAUUGUUCUUCAGCUGCGGCGGAGGGAUCGCACUCAAAAGGCACUCUUCCUGGAGCUGAUGCCGGCCUAUAACCGUCUCCUGGAGAAGGCUGAACUGCUGGUCCAGUUCUCAGAGAAGCUGCACCCAGAGCCAAACGAUGUCACUUCCACCACCCACCAGGGGUCCUGGGAGGAAGACUCCAGAACUGAUUCAGAUCAAGUCCCAUCAUCAGCCACUCUGAGAGUGAAGUGGCAGGAGGAAGAAGAGGGGCUCCGACUGGUCUGUGGGGAGAUGGCCUACCAGGUGGUGGAGAAGAACGCAGCCCUGGACACCCUGGAAUCGGAGCUGGAGGAGCGGCAAAGCAGGCUGGCGGGGCUGGAGGCCAGCGUAGCCCAGUUGAAAGAAGCGCGGGCGCACCUGGCAGAACAAGUAGAAGUCGGGCGGGCUCGGAACACCGCGCAACGGGCAGCCUACGACACGCUGCGCGUACACGCCGGCCUCCAGGAGGCAGAACUGCGUAGGCUCGAGGAAGAGGCGCGCGACCUGCUGGAUAGGCUCGUGCAGCACAAAGCGCGCGCCGCCGCUGAGCGCAACCUGCGCAACGAACGCCGGGAGAAGAUCAAGCAGGCGCGGGUGUCCCUGGAGUUGAAGAAGGCUGCCAAGCGGACUGUGAGCAUCAGCGAAAACCCAGACAUCCUCCCGGAUGGGGUCAGGGACAGGACGGAGACUCCAGUACUGGCUGCUGAGCUGGAGUCCCUGGAGAGUGAGGCUCGUGAGAAGUGGAAGCGGCCCUUCAGGUCUGCCUCCGCCACCUCCCUGACGCUGUCCCACUGUGUGGAUGUGGUGAAAGGUCUCCUGGACUUCAAGAAGAGGCGAGGCCAUUCAGUUGGGGGAGCCCCUGAGCAGCGAUACCAGAGCAUCCCUGUGUGUGUCGCUGCCCAAAUUCCUACCCGGGCUCAGGAUGUGCUGGAUGCCCACCUCUCUGAGAUCAAUGCUGUUUGUUUUGGCCCCAAUAGCAGCCUCUUAGCUACUGGAGGGGCUGACCGCCUUAUCCGCCUCUGGAAUGUAGUGGGAGGUCGCCUGGAAGCCAACCAGAUCCUCGAGGGAGCUGGUGGUAGUAUCACCAGUGUGGAUUUUGACCCCUCGGGCUCCCAGGUAUUGGCGGCUACUUACAACCAGGCCGCCCAGCUUUGGAAGGUGGGGGAGGCACAGUCCAAGGAGACACUAUCUGGACACACGGACAAGGUGACAGCUGCCAAAUUCAAGCUAACAAGGCACCAGGCUGUGACAGGGAGCCGAGACCGAACAGUGAAGGAGUGGGACCUCGACCGUGCCUACUGUUCCAGGACCAUCAAUGUCCUUUCCUACUGUAAUGACGUGGUUUGUGGGGAUCAUAUCAUCAUCAGUGGCCACAACGACCAGAAGAUCCGGUUCUGGGAUAGCAGGGGGCCCCGCUGUACCCAGGUCAUCCCCAUGCAGGGCCGGGUCACCUCCCUGAGCCUCAGCCACGACCAGCUGCAUCUGCUCAGCUGUUCCCGUGACGACACACUCAAGGUCAUCGAUCUGCGUGUUAGCAAUAUCCGCCAGGUGUUCAGGGCUGAUGGCUUCAAGUGUGGUUCUGACUGGACCAAAGCCGUGUUCAGCCCAGACAGAAGCUAUGCACUGGUGGGUUCCUGGGAUGGAGCCCUUUAUAUCUGGGACGUAGAUACGGGGAAAUUGGAGAGCAGCCUUCGUGGGCCACACUGUGCUGCCGUCAAUGCUGUGGCCUGGUGCUACUCGGGGAGCCAUGUGGUGAGCGUGGACCAGGGACGGAAGGUUGUGCUCUGGUAUUAA